UGCAUCGUCCUACACAACAUCCGGGCAUUCCGCCGCUUGCGCAGAAUCGGAAUGGCGGAGCUGUGCGAAUGGGCUCCAAAGACCAACGGCACAGUCGUGUAGACAUCUUCCACCAGGCCUAUGUGGGGCCGCUGGAGGCUGUUCCCUGGGCAACCACGUUCCUAGAGGAACAGGACAGGAGCCUGGUGGUCCAGCGGAGGCAGCCGGCAAAGAUGGCAACCCAUUCCCACACAGGUGGGGAGAUGCCUCUUGAACAACUGCUGGUACUUUAUGGGUACAACCUGUCUGAUCCGGUCCUGAAACAGCAACAGGACCCCUAUGAGCUGGCGGCCAGUUUUCCUGAAAGAGCACUGGACAAGGUUCAGAUAGGUAAGGAUCUACUCUCAAGAGGAAAGGAUGUGGAUAAAAAACAUCCCAUGUCUGAUGACCUCACGUUCUCUGUCACGUCCCAUAAUUCUGACCUCUUACAUCACCACCUGAGAGGUGAUGACAAAGACACUUCAGUUAGCUCCUCAGAAGACGACUCGGAAAGCAACUCCAGCGAUGGCCGCAAGGACAUUAUGGUGGGCUCCCAGUAUCAAGCUGUAAUUCCUUCUUUCUGUUCCUCAAAUAAUUAUAAUGAAAGAGGCUAUGAGUACGAGGACCAGUUGUUGUGGACCCCAGAUGUGCUGUCCAAUCCAACUGUGGAGGAGUUCUUACUUGAAGUCCAGAGAAGAGGGAGUGACAAUGGAGCUACGAACACACUGACCACAGGGGACAUAGUCAAAGAUAAUGAGCAGGCUCUUUAUGAACUGGUAAAAUGCAACUUCAAUGCAGAAGAGUCACUUAGAAGAAUUCGAUAUAAUGUCAAGGUUUUUAGUGAAGAACUCUGUGGCUGGAAUGAGGAGGAGUGCCGUAACUUUGAGUACGGCUACCGUGCCCAUGGGAAGAACUUUCACCUCAUACAAGCCAACAAGGUCCGCACACGCUCAGUAGGUGAAUGUGUAGAAUACUACUACAUGUGGAAGAAAUCAGAACGACAUGAGUAUUUCACACAGCAAGCCACAAAGCUGGGUCGGAAAAAGUGCAAUAUGCCAUCUGGCAACAUAGAGGAUGCUGAGCCUGAUGGAGAUAUUGAAGUGGAAGGUGCCACGCAAGGUUUGCCAAGUAAAUCUUCCGUUCAACUCCAACCUUCAUCAGCAUCUGAUGUCAUGGAGCUGGAUAAGCAAGGUUCUGAGCGACACGUUGGGGGGACAGAACUACGUCCAGAUUCUGGCUGUAGCCCACAGGGGGAGCGGCUCUUUAGCCAAUUUUUGCCUCCUCUGCAGUUUUUCCAGACAUCUGUCAAAGAUCGUCCAGGCAAGGCCACCCCUUCCGCCCCAAUUUAUCUCCCCCCAGUACCCAGUAGCCACAUCGAAGGGUCUUCCCAGCCAAUCUCAGGGCUCCCAGGAGCAGGUCUUUACAAGCUGCAACUAGGUUUUUUUUCUGAAGAUUUUGUACCUGCUUGUUAGGUUUGUCGCUAGAUCUCAGACUGACUUUUCCAUACCUGUUUCACCUUUUGGUUAGCCCUUUCAUUGCCGUCCCAGAUUUUGGGAUAAUCAGUAGCUUCCUAUGCCCACCCUCCACCAUCUGCUCCAAACCUAUCCAACUCCAUUGUUCACUAACACAGUGACUCAUCCUUUCACCAAUAAAACACAUUCCACAUAUAAGCAAAUAACUUUACAACAACAAUGGAGAAGUAGUGCACCGGAGAUAAAGAAUGUUUUAAAGAACUACAAGAUGGUACAAACCAUAACCAACAUUGGAUGAAGUACACGUAAUUGAUGUGUGUUCUGAAGUAGGUUUCCUGAAGUUGCUAGAAAUGGACAACUGAGAUCCAUGUCGAUAUAUCUUUGAGGAUUACACAGUGUUGUCUACAUCUUUUGGCAUAUUAUAGUGUUUGUAGGGGUUUGGUCAUCUCUCAGACUACUACAUGCAAUGAGAGUGUAUUUUAAGUAAACUACCUAAUUCCUGUUUUUUGGGGAGGAAAUGGCAGCAUUCAUACAAAUACAAGAUGUUUUCGGUGAACAUGUCACUGAAGCUCAUUUUCAUUAACUCUUAUAAAUUGAUUCUUUCAUUGCAUGUAGUUCUUAUAAACUGAAAAAUUUAGCUAACUCAGGCUAGUACCUUUAAUUUUUUGUCAUUUUAAAGUUGCUUGUUUUUGAUAAAGAACAUGUUGGUUUGUUGUCAUAAAGCAACAAACCACAAGAAAGGGUCAGUUCGCCCAAUUAUAGAAAUUCUUUCAUCCUUUGCUCACUCUCAUGUCAUUACAAACCUGUAUGAAUUUCUUUCUUCUGCAGAACACAAAAGAAGAUAUUUUGAAGAACGCUUGUAACCAAUUAACAUCCAUUGUGUGGACAGAAAAAACACUUUCUCAAAAUAUCUACUUUUGUGUUCCACAGAAGAAAUAGAUAUAUACAGGUUUCAAACCACAUGAUGAUGAAUAAAUGAUGACAAAAAAUCUUUUUUUGGGUGAUCAGUCCCUUUAUGAAGAUGCUAUCAACAAAUGAACGUCUACGCUUCGUCCGGUUGUUUUCACAAUAUUCUUUGUGGGACUGUAGCUUACCCAUUGUAGGUCCUCUUUGUGCAAUAAAGAAGGUAAAGUCCCUCAGAGGGUCUGAUCUUUCCCUCUCAGUCUGGUCCGUCAGUAUUUAUGUACUAAGUGUUUAAGAGGGUUUAUGGAUGGUUUUUCAUUAUACGCUCCACACAUGCCUUGCCAACAAUCCUGAUUUGUCUGUGUUGCGACAUUUAUAAGUCAAAUACUCUACUGUGGCAGAGUCGCUGCAUUACGUUUCUCAGGUUAUUACGGAAACCUCUAGCUCUGUUGUUUUACACCACAUUACCCAGAAUUCUUCAUCACCAGAGAAAGUGGCACAACAUCCAAUUCAGUAUCUCAUUGACUUAAGGUGCCACCAACAGGACCUCUGUUAUUCAGGAAGGAAAGCUUCACAUGUCAUGGUCUCUAUCACAUUGCAUACCCUCCAUUUCAUGUGUAUUCUUCCUGUUGCUUUUAAUUGUUUAGGACGGCUUUAAUGUUUUAGUUUACACAAUGUUCAGAAGAUACAAAAGGGAGACAAACACUGCCUUGCUUACGUGACUUUUUUAUUUUAGCAAUUUAUAUAUUACUGCUCCUGUUAUAUUGAUUUAUUGUCCUUGUUAUUAUAUUUUGUAAAUAAAAAAA